AUGCACAAAGCCAAAAUAUUUUGUUUCACUGUUUUUACUCUUGUUGUCUUUGCAUUUGUUUUUCAUGUUACUGCUAUGGGUCAUCAUCAUUGGAAAAAAGCAACUGCAAAGAAUACUACCGUAGAUGACCUUAAUGAGAUAACUAUUGGAUUGUUCACACGAUGUACGCCUUCGAAAACGUAUCAAACAGAAACAUGUGUUCCUAAUAAAUAUCCUAGAAAUAAUGACUGUUUUAUUUUGAAUGAAUGUCUACGAAGAACUGCAAAUGAAAGUUGUCCAUGUGAUUUUUUACCAUCGACAAAAGGUAUUGCAUCAUGUACAAUAAUAGCUUCGGUUUUUCUUGGUUUAUCCAUUAUUAUUCUAUUUAUUCAUUCGAUAAAUACAUCAGAAACGAAUUCACUUGGCUUAUUGCUUAGUUUCUUUCCAUUAAUUUUACUUUUAUUGGCAUUCAUAUUUAUACUUAUUGCAUUGAUUCUUGUCGGAAGUUAUUUAUCACGAGAUAUGAUGCAUGCUCUUCGAGAACAAAAUCUUUCUAACGAUUUAAGUUUACUUCGACAAACAGCUGCAGAUAGAUACACAAUACGAAUUGAUUGGUCAACUGGAUUGGAAAUAAUUGCCUUAGUUUUAACAUUCUUCUCAUUCAUUCUUUAUAAUGUCUUUGUUUUUAAAAUUGGUCGAUCACCAUAA